AUGGCAUCAGCUCCCCAGAAACCCUUCUCUCUGCGACCAUGGCCCCAUGGAGACCGCAAGCCCAAGAAUCUCGGCGAGUUCAUCGCUCGCGUCAAUGCCGAGCGAGGCGGCUUCCGAACCGUCACCGAGGAAAGCUUGCGGAAGGAGAUUGAGGCGCAGGAGAAUGGGGUCGACGAGACAAACGGCGCCGAUGAGAUGGACCUUGACUCUGAGGACGAGGCCGAAUCGACCAAUAUCAAGCUCGAGGAUAUUGUGGAGGCGCGCAAUGAGGUGAUCAAGAACGCAGAAGUUGCCCACCAGAACGCCAUGCUGGCCCUCGACUUCGUUUCGCUGCUUCUGACCAAGGAGAUACCGAACCAAGCUAGGACAACACUCUCGAACGCUCUGAGAGAUCAUGUAGGGCUGGGCACAUUAGGAGCAACAAAGCUGGCCACCUCGAACCUCUCCGAAGCUCGACUUCAAGAUAACAAGAUGGUGUCGACCGGUUGGAAGUUCACCGACAUCGAUAGGACAGUGAAUUCGGUCCUGACCUCCGCAUCAAGACUGCAAAAGGAGAUCAGCCUGGAGACAAAGUACUGGGCCGAAGUCUUGGCUGUUAGUGACAGCGGCUGGGCCGUGUCUCGCGUCCCGAAUGAGCGACACACAUUGGGAGUCCGCGAGGAGGGCACCGUUGAUCUCGACUGUGGGCGGACUAUCGGCGAAUCGCAGAGAUUACUUGUUACCAUUGAGAAGAAUGGAAAAGUAGUUGGUCGAUCUUCUCUACCCAAGCCGCUCCCUUCCGACGCGGCUCUGCAGGAUCGUGUCUUAGAAGCACGCGAUACGAUUUUCAACCAAGAGCUGUGGCAUGAGAUCAACCGAGAGGGCCGAUCACUGCUAUCAUACAACGUACGCCUCGAAGAGUCAUCCAUAACCUACGACAUGGAGGAAGAUACAAAGGUCAUCUUCAGUCUCCAGGCCUUGGGGGACGAGAUGGACCACUCCCAGGACAAACACUCGGAAGAUGGCCAAGCAGCAUCGAUCAGCGUGAUGCUCAAUCUGCUUCUUAGCUAUGCGCACGAGCAGAACAACCACAGAAGAUCUCAGCCCUCUGCUAUUGCCAGAUUUCAGUCCAGUAUCCCACCACCAUACGCGCUGUUGCGCCCCAUCAUCGCUCAUCUGCAACACGGGCGGACCCUUGCGAAGGCUACAAAAUUUAUAUCCGACUUGACCACCAUCCUACAAUCAGCAGGCAUCUCUACUGCCCACUACAAACUCACCGAACCUCCCAUCUCACCUUCCAUGGCCCGCAACACGCCGGGGAGCCGCAGUCUUCCCUCUGAGGCUCUCAUCCAUACGCUGCUUGAGCCUCUUAAAUUCCAAUUCCAGCUGGUCAUCACCCCUGAGGCGCAGCUUCUCAUCCAUGGGCAGACCACCUUCUUCCCUAUCGUCACGACAAUGUACCAGAUCCGACUGCUACCUCCCUCCGUACCCUCGAACCAGGACGCCAGCCCCAGCUAUAACACGCUCGCGUCAUCCUUCCCGCCAACGGACGCCCGCGAGGGCUACCCCGACCUGCGCGACGUCAUAUACUACGUCCGCCAAGCAACAGCGCGCGCUCUGACGGAUCACCUAGAAGCCAGCGUCUACGAAUGGACAUCGGCCGCCGACGGCACCGCAGAAGAGACUAAGGAUGAAGACACCGACGACGGGGCAAGGGACGAGCCGAAAACGUGGAUCAAGACGAUCAAGGGCACGGUGUUACAGAACCCGGCCAAGACACACGAAUUGAUUGUCGAGGUCGCCAACGAGGGCGAUGAGGACCUGGUGGAUGAGCCGGCGCCAGAGACCGACGAUUUGCAGCCCCUGGAGCUGCGGCUCUAUGGGGUAUGGCAGGCUGGCGGAAAGGCGAACAAGAAGAAGUGGGCAUGGAAUAUCAAGGAUGCUAGCAAGAGCGCAGAGCAAAAGAAUCUAGUUGAUGCCGCCAAGGCAGUGGUAAAAGGCCAAGUGGAUUGA